AUGCCCAAUACCCGGCAUGGCGUGCCCCAAGACACCUGCGUGAACGCACUUGCUUUCCGUUAAUUGCCUUCCAUUAGUUACCUACCCCCUAUAAGGUACCCGCGUCUUCGCUAACCAGUAACCACGAAUUCGCACUUUCUUACCAUCACUGUAAGCAUUCCAAUGCAUCUCGUUUCAGGCGCAUGCUUCAUCGUAAUCCUCCUGCCUAAUGCUGAGCGAUGUGCCCUGGAAUUGAUUUACCAAGUGUCGAAUGAAGCACUUUUCCCAUCUACAUGCACUGGGCCUUCCUCAACUUGCCUGGCUGCCUGCCCGCCUCAAACAUCGCAGUUACCGUCACAGCCAGAGAUUGCCAGUCCACCACUACCCUCCCCUCCCCGCUAAAAAAAGUCAGGUCGACGCCUCCACCUUUACCUCAAGUACCAACCUGGUAGCGGCUUUCCGAGAGGGAAAAAAAAUUCAUUCACAAGAAAAAAAAAAAAAAAAAAAAAAAAAAAAAAAAAAAAAAAA